AUGGCUCCAAAAACGCCUGCAAAGACGUCUAAGAACAGAAAACACAAUGAACCCACUGCAAACAAGCCUUCCGCCUCAAACCCACCAGAUGGCCCUCAUGUCAACUAUGCAGAGGUUCAGGCGGACGAGAUCAACGUCCUUGAGGCCAUCUUCAUGGAAGACUAUGAAGAAGUAAAACUCAAGUCUGCCUGGAGCAAGAGCUCCGAUCGUGCAUUCAAUCUCAAACUCAAAGCCUUCUCUGAUGAGUCCACCUUCGUCGUUCUUUCUGUAAAGUUCACGGCUACCUAUCCCAAAUCUGCCCCUGUGCUUCAAAUAGAAGGCCUGGAUAAACUGCAAGCUCAGGCCAAGAAGCGUCUUGAAAACAUCGUCAAGACUAGACCUGCCGAAAUGGCCGGCGAGGUCAUGAUUCACGCUAUUGCAUCAGACAUCCAAGACGCCCUCGAAGACGCCGUCCAGGCUAGAGAGCAGGGCGUCUUACCCAGUCUUGAUGUCGAGCGCAUAAACCAAGAGGCUGCCGCAUUCGACCAAGCUAAGGAAGCCGAAGAAGACGAGGCUAAGAAAGUCCAGGCUGCCCAAGAUGAGGAAGAACGCAUGCUGCAGAAGAUGAUUCAGGAUGAGGUUGAACGCCGAGAAUCAAAGCGACGCGAUCGAACUUCUCGCGCUCAAACAGCGUCUAGUCCACAUCCUCCGACUGACGAUGACGACAAAAACACAAUCAACUUCGACCAAGAUGUCGCACUUGGACCUGGCGUCGAAAGUGCCCCAUUCAACAGCGUUGCACUGAUAGCCCCUAUUACUUCCAAGGGCCAGAUGAGCAUUUAUGCUGCUCAGCCCAAGUUCUCGAGAGGUUCUCUCAUGAGCCCGACCAUGCUUGCGGCUCGUCGUCUGUCUUUGAAGAUCGUACAUGGCGACGCCGCGAGCAAGAAUCACUUGUUGGCUCUGGAAGAAGAAUUGGAAGCGCUGAAAGUCCUUCGCCAACCCAACAUUGUCAACAUCUAUGCUUUCAAGGUCGAAAAGCCCGAGGGAAGAGAUGGAGGGCUGAAUCAAGAUUGGGAUGUCUCUGUUCUGUCAGAUCUUGCCAACAGAGGAAGUCUGGCAGAGAUGCUUGAAGACGGAAAUACUGUACCACCCGCAAAAGCAAAACAAUGGUCUCUGGAUCUGCUGGAAGCUCUGGAUUACUAUCACCGUCAUGGCAUUGUACACAAACGUAUACACAGCGCCAAUGUUUUGCUAUUUCGGUCAGACACUGGAGUUACUGCACCCAAACUUGCCGAUGCCGCCUACGAAGACAGACUACUCAGACUACAAGGUCGAGCAAGCACUUUGGAGAAAGGCAAGAAGAUGGUAGCAUGGCUCGCACCCGAGUGCUCUGGAGAGGACGCAACCUUCACUCGUCGAAGUGAUGUUUGGGACUUCGGCGUCCUGCUGGUUCAAAUGCUCUUUGGCACCUCAGUGACCCGUAAGUACAACGGACCAAUGGCGAUGCUUGAAUCUCUCGAUCUUUCGGAGCCCCUCAGCGAUGUCCUGCGCAGGAUGUUCAGUAAGGAAGCGAAGAACAGACCAACAGCCUUUGAGCUGAUACCUAGCGAGUUCUUCCGCAGUGAUCUACCAAUCAUAAAUACAGAACACUCCAUGAGUCGACGAAGACAAUCGUCCUCGAUGAACUUCUCCGGAGAUUUUAGAAGUCCUGUUGCUAGGCGCUCUAGGCAGAAUUCUCAGAGUGUUGGCGAAGGCCCAUCCCUCUCAAGAUAUACCAAAGACUUCACUGAGCUAGGUCGCCUUGGUAAGGGUGGCUUUGGCGAAGUCGUCAAAGCUCGCAACAAGCUUGAUGGUGGAGUCUAUGCAAUCAAGAAAGUCAAGCAAGACUCGGCUGCACAGCUUGAGCACGUGUUAUCAGAAGUCAUGCUUUUGCAUAGGCUCAACCAUGCUUACGUAGUCCGUUACUAUUCCGCUUGGGUUGAGGNNGAUGAUUUGUCUGGCAUGGUUGAACUAGACCAGGAGUCUGUGUCGUUCGCAGAAGAUUUGACAACCUCUUCCGGCGACGGUAUUCAGUUCGGCAUGAGCAGUCGUGGAUUGGACUUCGUCAGCUCGAGCGGGCUUGGCGACGAUAUCGUCUUUGGCGAAGAUAGUGAUAACGACGAAGAAGACGAUGAUGAUGACGAUGACGACGACGAAUGUACAGCGUCUGGAACCGAGACUGACGGUCGCAUUGCGGACGGAAGAUCUAUCUUCAGAAAUGGAGGAUUCUCCGAGAGCGCCAUUAGCGAUGGCGAGGACACCGAUUCACGUCCCCAGAGAACACAUCGUGCCUCAUCUCGUCGCUUCGUGCGUUCUACGCUUUAUAUUCAGAUGGAGUACUGCGAGAGACACACAUUACGAGACUUGAUUCGAAAAGACAUGUACGCUAGACCCGAACAAGGUUGGCAAAUGCUUCGACAAAUUCUUGAAGGUCUUGCUCAUAUCCACAAUCACGGCAUCAUCCAUCGUGAUCUUAAGCCGGACAACAUUUUUAUCGAUGUCGCAGGCAACCCUCGCAUUGGAGACUUCGGAUUGGCCACAACAAGCCAGUACACCAGCGCUGAUAGAGUCAUGGCUAGCACUAAUACCGGCGCUGAUAUGACCAGGAGUGUCGGAACUGCCAUGUAUGUUGCACCAGAAAUUAAGUCGGGUUCUGGAGUCAAUUACAACGACAAAGUCGACAUGUACUCGUUGGGUAUCAUAUUCUUUGAGAUGUGCUUCCCACUGCGAACUGCCAUGGAACGCCAUGAAGUCUUACUCAAGAUGAGGGAGAAAGAGCAUGUCUUGCCCUCCGAGUUUCAAGCUCAGGAGAAGGUGCUUCAAGGUAACAUCAUUAUGGAUCUCAUCAGUCAUUCUCCUGGAGAUCGACCGAGCAGCAUGGAACUCCUAAGAAGCGGGAAGCUGCCGGUACAGAUUGAGGACGAGACUAUCCGACAAGCCUUGCAGAGUUUAACCGACCCCGGAUCGCAAUACUACCAGAAGAUGAUGACAGCUCUAUUCACUCAAACACCUGAUCAAAGGAUCAAAGACUUUGCAUGGGAUGCCAAAGCCACCAAGCAGCCCCCUACCGCCGAAGAUUUCCGUGUGAGAGAUAUCGCCAGGAACACUCUUUGUUCCAUCUUCCGCAGACAUGGCGCGGAAGAGACACAACGUCCGUUGCUGCUUCCACGUUCCAGCUACUACACAGCACCCAAUAUUGUUCAGCUCUUGGACGGGACCGGCAAUCUCCUACAGUUACCAUAUGAUCUGGUCCUUCCACAUGCCAGACGUCUUGCCAAACAAGAACCAUCCAUUGAGAAAACUUUCGUCUUUGGUAAUGUGUUCCGUGACACUCUGAGUGGAGGACCUCCAAGAACGAUCAAGGAAGUCGACUUCGAUAUUGUGACUAAAGAGAGCGACGAUCUUGCACUUCAAGAAGCAGAAGUUCUCAAAGUAGUCGACGAGAUUAUUGACGAGGUCCCUGCAUUGUCUUCGCAACCAAUGUGCUUCCAUCUCAGUCACUCUGAUCUUUUGGACCUCAUUCUUGACUUCUGUCGCAUCGACAAAUCUCAACGGCCAAUUGUAAAGGAAACUCUCAGCAAGCUAAACAUUCAUCAAUUUGGCUGGUCCAAGAUACGUGCCGAACUUCGCUCGCCUUUGAUCGGCAUUCAUUCUACAUCUUUGGAUGACUUGGCACAGUUUGACUUCCGUGAGACUCCUGAUAAGGCUUCAAGGAAGCUACAGGAGAUCCUCGAGGACAGCACACACGCAAGCAGGAUAAGAAGACCCAUGGAACACAUUAAGCGUGUGGUCGAUGCUAUGAAGCUUUUCGGCAUCCGGCGCAAAAUCUACAUUUGCCCCUUGAGCAGCGUGAAUGAGAAGUUCUACGCUGGAAGCGUGUUGUUCCAGUGCAUCUAUGACAAGAAGAACAGAAACGUCUUUGCUGCUGGAGGAAGGUACGAUCGACUCAUUGACGCCCAUCGUUCUCGCGCCCAUGCCGUAAGUGAGGCAUGUCAUGCUGUUGGUGUCAGUAUCGGUUGGGAUGGUCUCAUUGCCGCAAUCAUGAGGCACAAANAGAAUGCCAUCAACAGCACAUAUCUCAAGAAGGGACAGGAAGAGUCGCUCAGCCCAGCUUGGAAUGCAAAGCGCUGCGAUAUUCUCGUAGCUUCUGGCGACCCGACCGUCCUCCGCUCCACCGGCAUCAAGGUCCUGUCUAGCCUUUGGGCCAACGACUUCAGCGCCGAGUUAGCCACGGAUGCACGCACCAUCGAUGAUGUGCUCAGCAAGCAGCGCGACGCAUCUCAUCCAUGGAUCGUCAUGGUCAAGCACGAAGCUUCAAGCACUCUCAAAGUGCGCAACAGCACGACAGACACCGAGACCGAAGUCGCAAGCACCAACUUGAUUUCCCACAUGCGUUCCGAAUUGCGCGAACGCGAGACUCGCGAGGCAGGCAACCACCGCUCCCGCCACCAUCCAGCACUGCUCCGCCAUUCGUCCCAUCACAACGAAGGCAACGGCAACGGCGAGCGCGGCAAGAACAACGUCCAAGUCCUCAUGGCGCAGCACCGCGGCAAANAGAGCAACAAGUACCACAUUGUGGAAGCAGCACAACAGCGUUGGGCAUCCUACAUUGACACCUGGAAGUCUGCACCCAUACUCGCCAUCGAAGGACGUGAAGGCAUUGUCGACAAUAUCCGCGACGACACUCGUCUUUCGGAUCCGGAUUCGUGGCGCAAGUUGAUUCAGAGCACGCCGCUUGCUGAACGUCAGUAUCUUGCUCAGGUGCAUGAGUUGCUUUUGGAGAUGAGGAAGAAGUGGGAGCAGGGCGAGGAUGGAGCUAGUAGAGAGGCUUGUCUGUAUAACUUCAGAACUGCCAACUGUGUUUAUUAUGACGUUGGUCUGUGA